AUGAUUUUGAGUGAAAGUAAAAUUAGAAAUUUUGAAAAGAUUCAUAAGUUUUUGAUAAUGCUAAAACCAAAUGAAAAUAAUUCAAAUAAUCCACAGAAAUUAUUAAAAGAGAGAAAAGAACCAAAAAGAUGA